AUGGCAGAACAACCCCCCCGCGCAGACCUCACAAAACGCCAAAUCCCCUUCAUGACCCUCGCAUCAGGCGACACCGCCACGCUCCCAGGCGGACCCGCCCGCACCGCCUCCGCGUCCGACACACCGGAAUCCCGCUUCGCCCUCCCGGGCACAGCAGUCCUGACAGGCGGCACCGGCGCCAUCGCCCACGCCGUCGCGCGCGCGAUGCUCCAGCACGGGCUGACGGGCCUCAUGCUCCUCGACCUAGACGUCUCCUCCCCCGCCGCGGAGACGCAGAUCGCGUCUCUGAGGACCGAGUUCCCGGCGACCAAGAUCCUUGCCAGGAGCGUGGAUGUCACGGAUGAAGGGGCCGUCAAGGAAGCCAUGGAGGUCGCGGCGAGCGAGUUGGACGGGAUCGAUUACUUGGUUUGUUUCGCGGGGGUGGUGGGCUGCCACCACGCGCUCGAGAUGUCGGCCUCGCAGUUCCGGAGGAUACUGGACGUCAACACCACGGGCGCCUUCAUCUGCGCGCAGGCCGCCGCGCGCAUCUUCGUGAAGCAGGACCGCGGGGGACGGAUCGUGUUCACGGCGAGUAUCUCCGCGCACAGGGUGAAUUUCCCGCAGCCGCAGGCUGGGUAUAAUACGAGCAAGGGCGCGCUGCUGCAGUUGAAGAGUAGUCUGGCGGCGGAGUGGGCGCGGUACGGGAUCACGGUGAAUAGUGUGAGUCCGGGGUACAUGGACACGGUGUUGAACGAGGGGGAGGGGUUGAGGGAGGCGAGGGAGGUGUGGGCGGGGAGGAACCCGACGGGCAGGAUGGGGUUGCCGGAGGAGUUGGGGGGUGUCGUGGUGAUGUUGUGUAGUCGGGCGGGGAGUUAUUUUAAUGGGAGUGAUUUGGUUGUUGAUGGGGGCGGUGUUGUGUUUUAG